CAUCUCUAAUUGUGUUGUGCGAGCUGAACGUUUCGUUGGUGCAUAUUAUUAUUUUGAGAAUAUUAUAAAACCAUUGAUAAAUUAUGUGAAAUAAGCAGAAAAUGUUAACUCAUUUUCGCAUGAAAACUGUCCGUGAACAAUGCAAAAACUGCACGGCAACGCAGUUAGGUGAAAAAAUCGAAUUGCAGCAAUAACAAACAACGAAAAGGUGACGCGACGACGACUCGAUUUCUCACAACGACGACGACGACGCUCGUUUUUUUUAACGUUCUUUUCUUAACUUGUCACUGGCAGCAGCGACACAUUGAAUACAUUACGAAAAACUACAAUUUAACAAUUGCAAAGACGUCGUGAAAAACGUACAACCACUCGUGCAGUGUAUGCGACAAAUUCCCAAUCAAAAAAAGGUACAGUGAAAAUUUUUCGUCGAUUGUCGGCAGCAGCAGCAAGCAAAACAGCACCACAAAGCGGGUACAACAAUAAGAAGAAGAAGAAGCAGCAGCAGAAAGUGAACAGCAAAGAAACAGAGCAACAACAAAAACAAGGAGAAACGGAAUUCAAAUUGUAGUGGUAUUGGUGUGUGUGUGUGCGCUCAAAUAUAAAUACAAACAAGAGUCGAAACAACAAAAAAAGAAAAACAAAAAUACAAUACAGUAAAUGCUUGUGCUGAAAAAAUGUCACAUUUGCCAUUGGAUGCAAGGGCCAUACUCCAGCACCUAAAUGAAUUGGGUUAUAGAAAUAUAUCCGCCGAACAACUACGUGAAUUUCUAAAAGCUUAUUUGCGCCUAAAGGUAUGCAACCGCAUUUGGAUAAGCAAAGUGCUAUCAACAGCAAACUUUCAACAACAGCAGCCACAACAACAAGAAGGGAAACUCCUGAACAACAGCAUCAACAGCAGCCACAACCAGAGCCACAGCCUCACUCACAGCCACCGCAGCGCUCUAAAGUAAAGGUGAUCAAGAGCAAGCGUCCACUCUGCCAUUUCAAGUUCUAUUUGGACAUACGCGAUCAUCAGUUAACCAAGCGCAUAGAGAGCGAAAUAAAAGCGCUUGGCGGCAACCUCGAGUUCUUUCUCAACGACAGUAUUACACACUUCAUAACCGACAAAGAGCGAAGCACAACAUCAUCAGCAGUUGCCGCUGUAGUUGCCCCAAAUAGCCGCAGUCACAGUCAACAUCAACAACGACCUGCAACACCUUUAACACCGGCCACACCAAAUACACCGCAAUCGCAAGCAUCAGCAACGAUCGGCAAUGAGGAUGGCUGCUGUAGCACUUCUUAUCCACGCAAAGUUCGCCAAACGCGCGCCGACGCAAUUCUAAGUCGGGUGCGCGAAGCACAACAGCAAAGUCAGCAGAGUCCAUUGCGAGGUGCAAUUGAAUUGACGCACCAACAGCCGCCGGGCAAAUCACUGUCUUACGUUGUGUGGCAAACGGAAUACGCAUUACGCUUCUUUCGGCGCAUUCAGACCGAGUUGCGACAAUAUCUGCAGGAAGGUGCUGUGACAACAACAACAGCAGCGGGCACAGCGAACAUACUGCUGAAGGGCAAUUACAUUAAGAUCGAGAGCAUUAAACGCAACCAUCGACCGUAUUAUCAUUUGCUGAAGCAGCCCGAGGAGUGGCCUAAAAUUGAUCUGAGCAGCGACGACGGCGCAUUUCGUUUGCAGGCAAAAGCGAAGCUGCUGGAGCAGAGCAUGACACGCAAGUCGCUCGGCUCACGGACAUCGCAACGCCAACAGGAAAAGCAUAAGGAGCAACAAACAGUCUCACUGCCACAGCAGCCACAAUUGGUGGUAUUGCAACACAGCGCGUUGCAAGCGUGCAAAAAGCAAACCGAGAGUCCAGAUCGCUCACAUUGUCGCGAACUAAAAGAGUCGAGUGAUAAACAGUGUGGCGUUUGUGAGAUUUGUAAAAUUGAAUACGAUACGUUGAGCAUUCAUUUGCAGAGCAAGGAUCACGAGUUGUUUGCCAAGAACUCGGGCAAUUUUGUGGCUUUGGAUACGCUCAUUGAGGUGUCGGCCAGCGUAAAAGGUUUUCUGCAACGCGAAGCGGAACAAGAGCAAAAGGAGCGAGAACAGCAGCAACAGCAGAAGAUUUUCACCGAUAUGGAAGUGGAUGAGCUGCUUAGCGAUAGCGCACUUGCUCUCAGCUUGAAGGCGGCAAUCAAUCAAACAGACGCCGAUGCACUGCAGCAAACUCUCAGCAGUGGCAACAAUAAUAACAGCAACAGGCAACGACCAUCUCCAGUGCUGCGCGAGAAAUCGAAGCGCAUCACCAAGGGCAAGCAUUCCUCUGAAAAGUUCCAAGCAACAACGCCCAAUAAUUCUCCAACAGCAGCAGCAACAACAAGCAAUCCAACGCCAGCUGCAACGACUGUUUCGCCCACAAAGAAAGGGACGACGACAACUUCUUGUAAUCUGCUCGAGUUGCACGCCAGCAAUGCGACAACCACCGCUGCCACGCCCACAAAUCCCACGCGUCGCAAAACUAACAAUUCGGUGUUGUCGCCACCAAUACGCGCCAUGUUGCCGCCGUCAUCGCUGUACAAAGUUGUGGAGGCCAGCGAUGCAACAGCAACGCCACCGCGCGUCCGUCGUGGUGGCGUUAACAAUGCAACGACGAAUCUGGAUUCACCCUCGCUGAUUGUCAAGUUCCAGAAGGUGCGACAAUCGGAGCUGCAACGACUGAAUGGCGAGGCCGAGAACUUUAUGUUCCCCAGAAGCAACACAGCGACAACGCGAAGCAGCAGCGAGCUCCUGACGGAUGUGGAUCGCCAGACAACGUCGGAUGUUGUGCGUGGCGGGCAACACAGCGUUUCGUCGUCGACGAACAGCACCAACGAUAGCACCAGCGAGGAGCAGCUGGAUGCUGCAUUGGCAGCGGGAGCGGGUGCGGCAACAACGCCAGCAUUGGUGCAAGGACGCGCUGCUGUUGUGGGAAGAAGACGCAAAGGUGUUGCUGCGGCACAGCAGCUGCUGCGACAGCUAUCGACUGGCAGCACAAGUAGCAGCAAUGGCAGCAACAACCAGCACCAACAGCAGCGCUUUCCAAACGCCCCCAUCCAGCCGGAAAUGCAACCGUUAAAGCAGCCGCGUCAAGCAGCGGCGGCCACAAGGAAGAGCAGUCGCAUGGCCACGGCCAUUGUGACGGCGGCGACGACGAGCAGUCAACUGCAGUUGCGUCGCCAGCGCGGUGGCAACAAACUGGAGGAUCGGAUGGGGGAACAACAGCAACCACAACAACAACAACCACAACAAGAACAGACUACAACAAAUCACAAAAAGCUGAUAGCACAGCAACAACAAGAGGAGGAGGAGCAAAUGGAAGUGGAAAUAGAGGAAGAUGUGGAGGAGAUGAUGAUGUCGCAUGAUGAGUCGAGCUGUUCGUCAGGAAGCGAUGAGGAUUAUGUGGCCAGCAGCAAGUUGCACAAAUCACUGCCAGCAACAAGUCAACGUGCUGCGGACACACGAGAAGAACGCGCUGCUCGACGUCUUUCGAGGCUCACGCUAAGCACGAGUCGCAACGAGUUGCAACGAGCGAUGCCACUGAAAUGUGGCAGACGUGGCAAACAAAAGCUGAAUGCAGUCAAAAAUAGCAAACUCAAUAAACCACAACUAAUAACGACAGCAGCAGCAACCACAACGACAACGCCAGCAACUCCAACAGCAGCAACAAGUCCAGCCAAGAAAACAGCUGCAGCUGCAGCAGCAGCGGCAUCGCCCAGCAGCGAACAGAUGUUUGACUGCAGCAAGAGCGUGCGUCUGCAGCGAAUGCGCUAUGCAUUCGAGACGUCGCCGAGUGCGGAGUUGUGGCAUCAUGUGUUUCAGCGCCAAGAUGCCGGCGAGGAGCACUAUUAUAGUUACUACGGUUCGACGCGUUAUCGCAAGUUGCCCUACGAAAUGGGUCCCAUACCCAUGGAGCGCACCAAGCCACACAGUUGCAGCAUCUGUCAGCAGCAGCAACAACAGCAGCAGCAGCAGGUUGAAUGCAAGCCACAAGCGUUGUUGCAACCGAUUAAGCUGGAGCGUGAUGCCGAGACGGACAGCAAUCAGACGGCGGCAACGACAACGACGACGACAACAUCAUCGAUGUACAAGCACAAGAAGCUGCAUCUGCUGCAGCGGUAUCAACAGCAACAGGAGCAACAGCAACAGCAGACACAACUCAACAACAUUGCCGUGCCGAUAGCCAAAUGUGAUAGCAAGGCGAGCACCCCCGAGCUGCUGGAGCGUGACUUUGCUCCGUUGAGCGAACGCGGUCAGCUGGUGGAGCGUGUGCGUGCCGCCUCCACGCAGAGCAGCACGAGCAGCACCAGCUGCAGCCAAAAGAGCAGCAGCAUCAACAAACAGUUGGCGCGAGUUGUUGAUCUGCCGCCACGCAAAUCGCCGCGAGAACACGCCUCGACGCUGGCCUUGGUCAGUUGCAUCAUUCGCCAGCGGCAGGAUUCACAGAGUAAAACCAACUCGGAGGCAGAGGAACCACCACCGGCGACGACGACGACGGCGCCACCGCCGCCAGUUGCGGUAAAGAAGCCGAUUAAGCAGGAAUUGGUUGAAGCUGUGACGCCGCACAAGACGCGCUCGCAGGCAGCGACGCCUGUGGAGGAGCUGCGCUUUGCCACCGAGAUCAGUGAGACUGUGAAGCGCAUGCGUCGCGGCCAAAACAAAUACGACAGCGUGCCAACGCCAACAACUCCAGCAGCGGAACGGUCGACGCCAGCGCGUUGUCGUCGUCCGGCGAACAAUAACAACAGCAACAAUAACAAUGAGGUGAAUAUGGCCAACACUCUGAGUUAUUCGCGACGCACAACAACGGCGACGACGACGACAACCUCAACGUUGUUGGGCAAGCGAAAGCGACGCCAGCUGGGCAUGAAGACGACGGGCGGAAGGGGGACAACGUCGGGACAACAGCAGCAGCAGCAGUCGCAUCAACAGUUGCUGCCGGGCAUACGCAAGUUGCCGAGCAAGAAGGGAUUGCUCGAGUACGAGAUGGAGGGCAGCGCGUUGAAGGCUUUGGAUGCCAGCAUGCAGUAUGUGAGUCCCAUGUUGAUUGCCUGGCAAAUUGACAAAUAUCUCGAACUAUCUGGCCGUGACUACGAUCUGCAUCUGGACGAUGAGGUGCAACAGCUGCAGCAACAACAGCAACCGGAAUCCAAUGUGGAGUUGCGUGAUGAUGUUGUGCAGACGCCGCCACCAACAGAUUGUUUCACCAGCGAAUUCGAUUUGUGCGAUCUGCUCGCUGGCAGCGGAGGCAGCGGCGAUGACGAUGAGUUUGCUGUGCGCACGGGUUGCCGGCGCAAUAGUCGACUGAACUUGUUUAGCAGCUAUCAGCGGAAGCGCAAGUGCCUCAAAUCGAAUCGCACAGGUUGGCCGCGUGUCCAGCGACGUCGUGCUGCAAGAUCACUGCCCCACAAUGAUGAUGCGCCGAUCAAUUUUCACGAGUUGGGAGUGUUUGAUGAUACAAAGCAGCAGCAGCAACGUGUCAAGCAGGAGCCGCUUGAAAUGGAAGAGGAGCAGACAACAACCACGGCGACGACAACAACGACGACGACGACAAAAGUGGCUGAAAAGGAGAUCAACAAGGAGCAAGACGAUGACGACAAUGAUGAGAGUGCUGCCCAUGGCAAAGCUGAUGGCGAUGAUGAUGAUGGAGGGCAGAGUGCACGCGAGGAUGUGGUAAUGACGCCACCGGCCACCGAUGUGGAUGAACAGCUGGGUAACGACGACGACGACGAGGAAGUAGAGGCGGAAGAGGAGGAGGCCGCAGCAGCCAGCGACGAGGAUGAUGAUGAGACAAUGGCCGAUUCAGUGGAGGAACAGCAAAAUGAUGAGGCGGAAAUUGAAGCCACCGAUGCCGAUGUCGAGGAGGAUGAAGACGAAGAGGAAGAUGAAGAGCAGGAUGAGCAGGAGGACGAACCGGAGGAAGAGCAGGAUGACGAGGAGGAGGAGGAAGAGGAAGAUGUUUAUGAAGAUGCCUAUGGUGAUGAGGAAGUGUCAACGACAACAACCACUCACGAACAGCAGUUGACACUACAAAAUCUCAACAAGUCGCGCCUCAAAUCGAAAUCGCCGACCACAAAACGUGAUUCGCUUGCCAAGACUGCAGAGCAGAGCCCGGCGAAGGAGGAGCAACCGCUGUUGACCCUACAAACGAGCAAUGGCUUCUGCCUGAAUGUGACCACAUCCACGCCGAGCACUCGACAGCCGCGUCAUCGAACGCCCCAGUUGAACGGCAGUCUAGGGAGUUGCAUAUCGCCCAGUGAGAAACUGGGCGAUAAUUCGGACAUCUUUACGGUGUCGUCGGAUGGCCUAGAGACCGAUAUGGAUCUGAGCAAUACCCAGGCGGGCGAUUCACUGGAGCAUUGUCAGCAUCAGCAUUUGACGCCCACCAAGCACAAGUUCGACAUUAGCAAAUAUGCGCCGCCCAACAAUGGCAAGGCGGCGAGCAGUUGUGCAGCGGAGGCGGCGACGGCAGCGGUUAAAUCGCUGGCCAUAUCGCAGUUCCUGAAAAAGGAGGUGCGUGUCACUUGCCGGCGAUUGCGUGCGCCAUUUCGUCGCUUUCGAUAUCGUCGCUGAUCAUCUUCAUCAUCGUCACUCAUUGUUGCUAGCAGCAGCCAUUAUUAUCAUUAAUAAGCCAAUGUGUUUAGUUUUAAUAUGUCACACACACACACACUAUUGUAAAGCCGUUCAACACGAGGAUCAAAAUAUACAUCAGCAUAUUCAUUCAUCAUCUAUCGCACAAUUGUGGCACCUCUGUAAAUGGCACAUUCUCUCUCAUUUGUUGUUGUACACACACAUAAUUAGCAUCAAAUUGAAAUGCAAAACAUGAAAAAAAGAAAAAACUAAACUACACUACAUACGUAAAAUAAGCAUAGUAUAAUUUUAGUUUAGGACAAAUUCCAUACCCUUUAAUUCGCCACUUAGUUGAGUAUCCCCAAAACAAAAACACAACUAAAAUCUUACCAUUAUAAUAACGACAUUACCUUUAGUUUACCAACAAAUUUGAUUCGAGAAAUAAAUUCUAUAUAAAUAUAUCAACAUUGAUGCUCAAGCUAUUGUAAAAUAAAAAUGAGAAAACUACGAAAACAUAAAACCAAAAGCAAUUGUAAAGAAAAAAAAACUAAAAACAAAGAGAAAACAUUAAACAUGCAAUUAAACUAUA